AUGCAAGCCCUAGUGGAGCGUACUGCUGCUACUGGUACGACUAGUAAUACCUCAUUUGUGUAUGGCGUCGACACAUCAAACAGAGGCGUUGUGGCUCCAGCUCAACCCAAGGGCUCUUUACUACGGAUGAUGCCUCAGGAGCCAGAGAGCAUUACCUGCCCUAAUCGGGCAGUCAGAAGUACAGAGUCUAUGAUUGAAAGAAACCUGUCCUUGCUUCCUGGACUUUCUACAGCUGACAGGGCGCUUCUCGACUACUUCAUUCGCGCUGCAGACUCAUUCUCGUGCAAUUUGCAGGUGAUUGCCGUCAAACAGCUGCGAAAGAAGCUUUCCGGCCGCCCAACAGACUCUAUAAUGGCAGCUAUCAUGAUGCUAUGCUUUUUAGAAGUCAUAUCUAGACGAGAAAAGGCCUAUUCAUGGCGCUUGCAUUUGGAAGGAGCUGCUUCUCUAUUCAGCCAUGAGCCCUCUACAUGGACUAUUCACUCUCCUAAUCGGACUCGAGCGUUCAUUUCAAAGUGUUUUGUCUCGCUUGCCGCAAUAGCGAACGUCUCAGGACGACCUGCUUCAGCCAUGGUGUCGAAACAGGCUGUUUCUAUGAUUGACGGAAAGAACUCGACACCAGGCAUUGACGACUUUUUAGCUUACUCUGCCGAUGUCGUCCCUGUUCUCUGCAGGACCGGGCUCCUUAUUGAUCAAAGCCGAUCCAUCUUCAGCAGGCACUCGCCUAGUUUCGCGCAAUUAGAGCUGAAUUCCAUGCAUCUGAUACAAGAGGUGAAAAAAAUGAUGUAUAGGAAUCACAGGUUACCAUCCACCUGUGAAAAGGUGUACUCGCACGUCAACGAAGCCUCUAUUCUUCGACCGCCGGCCGACUCACCUAUUCCAACCUCUGGCGGGCCACUGUUCUGGAAUAGCAAAUGCCCCGCUUCUCCUUCAGAGAAGAUAGACAUCACCAAAGCUGAACCCAAAGUCCGUGCGCGAGAUCAGAUCGGCGGUUACUAUCGGCAAGGUCAGAUACUGCUCAACAUGGCUGGACACUGGCAUCAACUAAAUGUUGCCGUCAUCGGUGGCGGUAUUGGAGGUCUCGCUGCCGCGACAUCUCUCCGCAGAGCAGGCCACAAGGUCACCGUCUACGAACGAGCCGACUUCGCCGGCGAGGUCGGGGCGUCGAUCAGUUGCGCGGCGAACGGGACGCGCUGGCUCGAGGAAUGGGGCGUUGACACUCGCAUUGGAAAACCGGUGAUUCUGCAGAAGUUGAUCCGUCAUGACUGGGCGACGGGCGAUGUGCAGGAUGUUUAUGAUCUGUCGGAUUAUAAGGAUCGAUGGGGUUAUGUGUAUAAUAUGUUUCAUCGCGUCAACAUGCACGAGAUGCUGAUGAUUUCGGCGACGGGUCCUGGAGAAGGUGAGCCGGCGAAGCUGGUGCUGAACCAUGCAUGCGAGUCGGUCGACCAUGAGACGGGCACUAUCACCUUCAAGAACAAAGUCACCGUUCAGCAUGAUUUGAUCAUCGGCGCUGAUGGAAUCGGAUCUGCCGUCCGACGCACACUCAACAUCCUCCCCGAGCGCAAACAAUCCACAUCAACAUGUUACCACUGCGUCAUCGAAACAGCCGAUGUCCGCCGCCUCGGACUAACCGACAUGUCACCGAACAGCGCGAUCGAGUUCUGGGGCGGAUCAGGGAUCGACAAGAUCGUAUUCUCCCCCUGUCGGGACGGCGAAAUCCACUCGUUCUACUGCUUCUUCCCGACCGCGAUGAGCGACCACGCCGAGGAGGGCUGGAACUACGAAGCGUCGCGCGAGCAGCUCCUAGCGCCGUUCCCCAACCUGGAUCCCAAGCUGCUGGCCCUGUUCCGGAACUCCACGGACAUUAAACCCUGGCGGCUCUUCGUGCACCAGCCCUACCCGUACUGGCAGAAGGGGCGGACCUGUCUGCUCGGCGACGCGGCGCAUCCCAUGCUCCCGGACCAGAGCCAGGGCGCGUGUCAGGCGAUCGAGGAUGCGGCGGCGCUUGGGCUGGUCUUUAGCCCGGCGUAUGCGUACACGGAGAACGUCAACGCCGGGUUGGGGUUGUAUGAGAAGAUUCGGAAGACGAGGGCCAGUCGAGUGCAGGCGGCGAGUGCGCGCGCGAGGGAGAAUAUUUCGGAGCGGAUUGGCUUCUCUAGUCAGAAGACGAGUCAGCGGUAUAAGGUGGCGAGCGAGAAUCAGAAGCUGACAAUUGAGGAGAUGAAUGAGUAUGAUAUGCAUCGCCAUGUCGCCUCGGAGGCGGCGCCUGAGUAUCGUGGACCGAGAUGGACGGACGAGGAGGAAGCGUUGAACCGGGAGGGAGUGCAGGCCAGACUGUAG